AUGCAAGGUUCUGAAGUUCACGAAUGCAAGGUUCCUAAACAGUGGAAGAUCAGCAAGACCGUGUUUUUGUACAAAAAGGGAGACUCACAUGACAUCGGCAACUAUCGCCCAAUCUACUUGCUAUCCGUCAUCUACAGGCUCUUUACAAGAGUGAUCCUUAAUAAGAUUGAGAAAGUAUUGGAUGAAGGACAGCCAUGCGAGCAAGCAGGGUUUCGAAAAGGAUUCAGCACGAUUGAUCACAUUCACACUGUUUCAAAACUCAUCGAGGUAUCACGAGAGUACAGGAUGCCGCUCUGUCUCACCUUCAUCGACUUAAAGAAGGCCUUCGACUCAGUUGAGACGGAAGCGGUCGUAGAAGCAUUGGACAACCAAGGCGUCCCCACUCAGUAUAUAAAGGUACUUCGAGAGUUGUACAGUAACUUCACGACCGGAAUUUCGCCAUUCUACAAGAAUAUCAUCAUUGACGUGAAGAGGGGGAUCCGACAGGGUGAUAUAAUCUCACCCAAAAUAUUCACAGUCACCCUCGAGAACGCAAUGCGAAAGUUGGAAUGGGACGACAUGGGAGCGAAGGUCGACGGUCGGCAGCUACACCAUUUGCGCUUCGCUGAUGACAUCGUACUGAUAACACCCAGCAUCAGCCAAGCGGAACGAAUACUGACCGAAUUCGACGAAACCUGUGGAUGCAUCGGUCUUCAGCUGAACCUACAAAAGACGAUGUUCAUGCGGAACGGGUGGGUCUCGGAUGCCCCAUUCGCUCUCAACGGAACGAACAUAUCCGAAUGCACCUACUACGUUUAUCUGGGUCGGGAAUUGAACAUGAUGACCCCGAGCUGGGCAGGAGGAGACGAGCGGCUUGGGGAGCGUAUAAGAGCAACGAGGAUGUAA